AUGACAUGUUUAUUUUUGUUCCUAUUUUUUAUCCUACUAAAAAAUACCAAUAAAACGCACGCAAAAAAGAUUGUAAAAAGGUUGAACAUCAUACCCUUCAUACAUUUUCCAAACGGAAGAGUUGCAAAACGGAAGUUGAAUUUUAUUCUUCAGAAGAAUGCACACAUCACACUAGUAAGCGCACGUAGGGAAACUGGCACAUACAGUGGCUGCUGCAUUAAAUGGAGAUCCCCCAAUUCUCUGCCUCACCUGUUAUUGGAUAAGCAGGAAAAUGUCACAAAUGAUGAAGAAAUAGAUUAUGACAAAAUAUCCCGAAGUGAGAUGUCUGGCAAGGGAAUUAAAAAUGUUAAAAAUUGUGAAGGGCUCAUCAAUUCUUUUAAGGACUUGGAUGAUAAUCCUGACGGUGCAGUACAUUUUACUAGCAUGACUAGUCCCCACGAGGUAUUAACCACGUUAGAAGAGACACAUAAAAGAAUAGAGAAAAAAAAAAAAAAAAAAAAUUACAAAAGAAAGGAGGAAAAACUCAUUUCUGGGGUAGAUCAUAUAAAAGAUAUAAAAAAAGAUGUUAAAUUAUUUUUUUUUAAAAAAAGAAUAAUAUAUUUGACUGAAGAAAUAAAUAAAAAAACAGCUGAUGAAUUGAUCAGCCAGUUAUUAUAUUUAGAUAAUUUGAAUCAUGACGAUAUAAAAAUAUAUAUAAAUUCCCCAGGAGGUUCCAUAAAUGAAGGACUCGCUAUUUUGGACAUUUUCAAUUAUAUCAAAUCAGAUAUACAAACAAUAUCCUUUGGUCUCGUUGCAUCUAUGGCUUCAGUAAUCUUAGCUAGCGGGAAAAUGGGAAAAAGAAAAUCUCUACCGAAUUGCAGAAUUAUGAUACAUCAACCACUUGGAAAUGCUUUCGGUCAUCCACAUGAUAUCGAAAUACAAACAAAAGAAAUACUUUAUCUUAAAAAACUUUUGUAUAAUUACCUGGCCAGUUUUACAAGACAAACAGUUGAAACAAUUGAAAAAGAUUCAGACAGGGAUUACUACAUGAAUGCGUUCGAAGCAAAGAAAUAUGGAAUUAUCGAUGAAGUCAUAGAAACCAAGUUGCCUCACCCAUAUUUCUGUGAAGUAUCAAAUGAGUGA